AUGGCGUCUCGAUCUCAAGCCCCUGACGUGCAGACGCAGCUGAUCAUACAGGCGAAAAAGCAGGAAGAUAUGCAAACCGAUGUGCUGAAGAGUUUGUUUAAGCUGGCCUACUACUUGUUUCGGUCAGAAAUCCCGCAUACCACUUCAAACUGGCCAGACCUUGUGGCAUCGGCUGCAUCAGUGGAGAAAUCAAAUGCACUUGCAAGUGCUGUGAGAAACAGUUCGCGGAACGCUCAUCGGCUGUCAUCGACGAGUAUAACUGGAUUUCUUCAUGCCUUCGGCGAGGCUGUCGCCAGUAUCAUCAAGGACCGCAUUCCGACGCGGAAGCCCUAUUCCGUUCUCGCGGAUGAGUGUACCGAUAUUAACGGACGUCAGAUACUUAGCGUUUGCGUGCGAUCGAAACGACGGAGGGAGACCACCGACCCCAGUGCCUUUGAUGAGCUGCUGAAUGCAGUCGAUGAAGAAAGUGUCUGUACCGAACAUUCUUCUGCAAUAGAUGAAGUGCACCACUGUGACCCAGUCACUCAGGCAGAUAAUGAGCCAUUUCUUGUGGAGGCUUCCACAAUGACAGAGGACUCAGUAGAAACCUCAAAGCUUCUGUUCUUCUGCUGUGAGAAGGAUGGAGACGGUACUGCCACUCAAAUUGAGAGCGUGCCAACAGUGGACGUGGGGACUGCGUGCCCAGGUGUGCAGUACGAGACGAAGGGCACCGGGACCAUCUACAAGGAAGUGUAUUUCGGUGGCUACAAGUCUAUCGUAGAUGAUGAACAGCGGCUACUGGACCUUACAGGCGUGACGCUCGUGAUCCUGGCCAUCCUACGGAGCCUGCUUCCAGACAGAUGCCGCCACCCUCGUGAACUUGACAUCAACGACAAACUCAUACUCUUUCUAAUGAAGAUGAAGCACGGCCUGCCAUUUUCCUGUUUGGCGUCACUUUUCGGCAUUCACCGCACCACAGCAGCGAAAAUAUUUAAGUCCAUCCUUCUGAAGCUGUGUGCGGCAACGAGGUCGUGGCUGUUCUGGCCUAGCAGGGCUGCUAUACGAGCAACUAUGCCGCCUAGUAUUUCACUGCUGUACCCAAACUGCAGGGUCAUCAUUGAUUGUACUGAACUGAAGGCUGAAACACCACCAGGUGUGGAGGCACAAAAUAUGUGGUACUCCCACUAUAAAGGGACAUACACAAUCAAGUACCGGGUGGGAAUAGCACCGAAUGGCCUGGUCACCUUCCUCUCCCCAGGAUUCGGAGGGAGGGCCAACGACACUAGCGUCACAGUUGAAGCUGGUGUGUUGCCACUGUUGGAACCAGGAGACCUUGUACUCGCUGACAAAGGCUUUCCCGGAAUCCGAACGGGUGUUGGCCAGCAAGGAGCUACACUAGUAAUGCCUCCUUUUGCAACCAAGCCGCAGUUCACUGAGGCAGAAGCAGAUGCCACCUACGAUACUGCAUCUAUACGAAUCCACGUGGAAAGAGUCAUCCAGAGGCUACGCAUAUUUGAUAUUUUAAAUACAAGAAUUCCCCAAGAACUUGCCAUGUACAUGGACAAAAUUAUGCACAUAAUAUGUGUGCUAACUAACCUCAGGCCUGGAAUAUUUCGAAAAGUGCAGCCUACUGUUGAUGACACACAGUGA